GAAGAAGAAGGAGGAGAAGAAGAAGAAAGUGAACGGAUAACGGACACACAGAAAGAGAGGGAGAGAAAGAAAGGAUGGAAACGGUCGAGCAGCUCGUCUCCUUCCACCACAUUCAGGUCCAGUUGAGCGGGGGAGCACCGUGGGGGUUCACGCUGAAAGGAGGACUGGAGCACGGGGAGCCGCUCAUCAUCACUAAAAUCGAGGAUGGAGGGAAGGCGGCGCAUUGCAAGAAGCUGAAAGUCGGCGACGAGCUCAUCAACAUAAACGGAUCCGCCCUGUACGGCAGCAGACAGGAGGCGCUCAUCCUCAUCAAGGGGUCGUACAGGAUUCUGAAGCUCACAGUCAGGAGGCGCAACGUUCCUCUCCUCAGGCCUCACUCCUGGCACCUGGCGAAGCUGUCGGAGCUGCCCCUCCCGCCCCCUCCCCCGUCUCCUCCACCUCCUCCGACCUGCCUGCCCUCCGCCGACUCCCCUCCUGUCCCCCCGCCGCCGCCUCCGUCUGCCAUGCAGCUCCACCCCGGCCCCUACACACUACCCUGGCACACAACUGACAACAGUGACUUGUCCAUGCAGUGGGGUCAGCUGUCCAGACCUUACUCCUCCACCGACCGAAGCAGUUCCCUGGGCUCCAUGGAGAGCUUGGACACGCCGACACCCACCGCACAGCCGUACUCCGACUCCCAUAAUUCCCCCGUGGACCCAACCCUCUUCAACAACAAGAGAGACUCUGCCUACAGCUCCUUCUCUGCCAGCUCAAACACCUCCGACUACGCAGCUGUGCCGCUGAAGCCCGGUGAAACCUGCUCCAUGGAUAACCUCCUCCAGAGCCUGGGGCCAGCCUGUCGAGACUUCCCUGGUGGGGAUAACUCAACCCUGGGGAGUUCAUCUACCGAGACCCCGGACGAGGCACAGCUGACUUCACACAAAUCCAGGUCACUCACCAGGCCGAGGCGGAGGCCUGUGGAGGUAAAAGAGAGGCCUUCAUCCUGCUGUUAUGAGGUAGAGAGGAGGGGAGGAAACGUUGAGAUUGUGAGAAAUGGAGAAGGAGGAGCGGAGGAGAGAAAGACUAAUCCUCCUCAGCCUCCAGCCAGGAAGGACAGUUUUCGGGCAACCCGGAGUCACAGUAAUGCUGCUAACAAGCAGUGUGCUUCUGCUCCCGUUGAAAUCUCCAGUCUGACCUCUUACUUUGAGGAAAACAAGUCGUCACUGAAUGUUGAAGCAGGAAUUCACAACGGCUUCUCCCCACCAGAAGAAAGUGACAAAACUGGGAAUUUCACAGAGGAGACCGUAGACUCGCUCUACAUGCAGAGACAGACUAAAGACGUUACACGUAUCAGUUGUGACACUAGUGCUAAUGAAGACUAUAACAUAGACGCCACCUCAGAUCACCUUUCUGACCGAGUGACGACCUCCCCGGGCCCCAUCACCUCGCCUCAUCCUGGCUCCUUAUCUGCCCAAUCCUCCGUGGAGGUUCAAGAGCAGUCAGACACCAAGAACUCCUCUACGGGGCUACACCGGCACAGCGCCCCAGAGAAGCUCCUGGCUACACAACUUCAGUUACUGCAGUUUAACAGUAGCAGCUCGUCAUCGGAGCCCUACACUCCGUCAAUCCCUCCUGAUCAGCUCUUGCCUCCGUGUAGCAGCCAGUGGUCCCAGUCCUCACACCAACCAGUGAGGGAAGACCAAGACGCUGCUCAUAACCACCUCCACGCCUCUUCAAACAAGUGGGAAGGCAGCCGCUGUUCGACCCCAGGAUCUGUGUUCUUGGAAGGUGAUGACGGUGAAUCGUGCGACAGACUCGAUGGGAUGUGUGUAAACGGUGGGUCCCCCUCCUCAGUUCAGCAUCAUCACCCUUGGGGCCGCUCGAUGAGCGUACCAGGGGACCCCAGUGGAUCAUCAACCCGGGGAAAAUUGAGCUCUGACCAAAUACUUGAGAGUGAUUUCGAGCCUCUCAGUGCUGCUGCCAGUAUGGACACUUUACUGGAGGAGCAGAGAGCAUUGGACAGAGGAAUAGAUGGAGGAAAAAAAGAGGAGAAUGUAGAAGGAGAGGCAACGAUGAAGAAGCUGAACACGUCGAGGAACCAUCGACGGAACCGCCGCCGCAGCGAGCGAUUUGCUACCAACCUCCGCAAUGAGAUCCAGAGGAAAAAGGCCCAGCUUCAGAGGAGCCGUGGCCCGGGGGGGUUGCUCUGUAGUGGGGAGACUGUCCAGGAGGAGGAGGGUCCUGACCUCCAUGAAGAACAGGAAGACCCAGAAGUGCCUGCCCAGGAGAGGAGCACCACAGUUGCACUUGCCUCGUCUGUGAUCCACCAAGAUGUCAGGACAACAGCACCAGUUGAGAAAUCCAACACUUCAAAUGAACCACUCCAUGAUGCAUUGCAAACUCAGUCAGCAGCCUACACUGAAAGCACCAACAUGUCCAGGUCUGUCCAGAUCCUGGACCCUGUCCUGCCCAGUUUUGGUGUCGGCAUUCGAGUUGUGGAAGAACCAGCCCCCGCCGGUAAAGCCCGCCGCUGGCGUUGGACCCCUGAGCACAAACUCCAGCCAGAACCAGAACCAGAACCAGACCGACGGUGUAGAGUCUUGGAUGAGAGGGUACUAGGGGUGACAGGAUCACGACAUGGGGUUUGUACCUAUACCUCCUCCUCCACCUCCUCCCACAGUCGCACCUCUUCAUGUUCUCGGAUGGAGGAGACUGAUAUCCUUCCAUUUGCAGAUAGAAUGAAGUUUUUUGAGGAGACGAGCAAGGGCAUAUCUGGGUCGAGUGUUUCAAGUCUGUCGAGUCGCAGGCAGAGGAAACCCUCUAACUGUCCUGAGCACCAGGGAGGGGAGCUCAGUCUGCACCCAACCCAAAGGAGAUACUCCUACCAGGGGGCACUUCCACAGGAAAGUUCCCUGCUUUCAAACAGUAUGGACACCAGGAGGCAGUCUGUGAGCACCAGCAGGGAGAGGCAGAAAGAGAAGGCGAUGGAACAGGCGAGGGAGAGGGAGGAGAGGGCAAGGGAGCGAGAGCGUGAAGAGAGGUUGAGAGAAAGGGAGAGGCAGCAGGAGAAGGAAAGACAGGAGAGGGAGCUAGAGAUGGAAAGGUCACGGCAGAGGGGGAUGCAGCGGGAGAGGGAACGAGAGGAGAGGAUGAGACAGUGGGAAAGGGAAAGAGAGAGGGAGCUUGAGCUGGAGAGAGAAAAAGAGAUGGACAGGGCCAGACUCCAAAAAGAAAGAGAGAGAGAGCUCCAGAGAGAAAGAGAAGUUGUUCAGCUCAGCUCACAUCAGGAGUUUCACGGCAAAGACAAUCACCAAGACUUCCAACUCAACUUCCAGCUCAAGCCUGAUGCGUUCUCCCAAAGCCAAGCCCAGAAUCCGGCCCCGAGAUCGGCCUUUUAUCCGGUCUGUACCACCUCCCAGUCCCCGGAGAACCAGCAGCCUCUGCAGCUGGGAUACACGGCGCGGAGCUACACACCCACAGAGACGUAUCCCGCCCGAAAACAGGAAACGACCAAGCUCAACAGGAAAUACAGCCUGUCAGAGAGGGACUACCCCAGCUGGAGGCGAGAGUCCAGACCAGCAGAGAGCAUCGCUCAGCCCCAGCAGCAGCUCCACCACGGUCGAUGGGGCCCCCGAGACGUCGACAGCAGCAACGGGUAUUCGUUCCCUCCCCCGCCAGCUCCUCUCGCGCUACGAGGACGAGCCAUGUCCGAAAACGACCUCCGCUUUGACAGCAAUCAACGCUGGUCGCCGUCGAUUUGUGUAGCGACCAGUCAGACGCUGAGCGAGGUGGAGGAAGGAGUUUGUGGCGUCAGGGAAGGAGAAGCGGCGAGCACGGCCAGGCAGAGCAGGAAGAAGACGCCGCCUCCGCCGAGACCGCCGCCCCCAAAGUGGGAGCAGUUCCACCGUAGGCGUGCAUCUCACCACACCCUCUUCUCCUCCUCCUCUUCCGCUCCUCACUCCAUCCCUCCCCCUAUAAACACAGCAGAGGGACACUUUUCGUCUCACUCCUCCUCAUACCUCCCUCCUCCUGAGACGUCCAGGCAGAGGUCCUACAGUCUUCCCCCGGAGAGGCAGGAGGUGACGGAGGGCUGCCCCUGCUGCAGCUGCCACCAAACUCAAACUCAGGGACAUCCCAUUCCCCACGCCACGUCCAAUCAGCUUCAGGCUCAGUUUCAUGACCGCUCCUUUACCGUCACUCCGCCCAGUCCCAUGUUCUCCAGACGGGCGUUCAGACCCGUAGCCCCGCCCCAGAGAGAGAGGGAGGGAAACCUGCGGCGCUUGUACAGCGGAGAGCAGGAGGAGGAGGAGGUCGUAUCGUCCCUACCUUCACCACAGACGGACACGAGUGUGAGCAGCUCAUCUGAGGUUUACGUCGACCACAGUCCCGACAACGAGAGGACGACAGCGAAGCCUCUCAAACAGCAGCAACAUGUGAGACCAGGAGCCGAGUGGGAGAGAUCCCCUUCUCCCAGAGUUCAUAGUGAGACCGCACUUCCUCCUGGUGUAGAAAACGGAGUUUCUCCGUCUGAAUCCUACUUCGCCAUCGACUACGAGCGGCAGCAGCAGCAGCUCCGUGUGAGCAGAGGCUUCCAGACUGAAGAGCAGCAGAAGAUCCCAGAACCGGGAACCGAAUCGGAGACGACCCUCAGCCCGAGUCCCGUGCACAGCCUGGAGGCCGACCUGGACGUCCCCAUGGAAACUGACAUCGAUGACUUCCAGGAGGAGGAGCUUCCAACAGAGGUUGAACCAAUCACCAGCGAGCUCCCGUGCUUCGCUCUGCCGGUGACGGUCCUGGAGACGGACAUCGACACGUUUCCGGAUUCUGAGGCCUCGCCAUCGGGCCGGACGAGGGCGGAGAGCAGCUCUGUGGAGGAGGAGCUGGAGACCAGUGAGGGCAGCAGAGAGAGGCUGAGCCUGGAGGAGCUGUUCCCCCAAAACAGUGAGGGGGAGUCGGGCACGGAGAGCUGGAGAGGAGCCUACCAAAGCCCGGAGCACAACACCGACAGCUUGGACAGGCGUUCCGGCGCAAGCUCCAGCUGUUCGUCCUAUUACUGCACGUCGGCCGCCAAGGCUCAGCUCCUGUCGCAGAUGAAGGACUUCACCGACAACAGAGAGAGAGACGAGGACGACGAGCUGACAUACAAGAAGCAGCUGAUGGAGAGUCUCCGUAAGAAGCUGGGGGUGCUGAGAGAAGCUCAGAGGGGUCUGCAGGACGACAUCAGAGCCAACACUCUGCUGGGAGAGGAGGUGGAGAACAUGGUGGUGUCUGUGUGUAAGCCCAACGAGGUGGACAAGUUCCGCAUGUUCAUCGGCGACCUGGACAAGGUGGUGAGUCUGCUGCUGUCGCUGUCUGGGAGGCUGCUGAGGGUGGAGACCACGCUGGACACGCUGGACCCUGAGACGGAGCAAAAUGACCGGCUCCCUCUGCUGGAGAAGAAGCGUCAGCUCAUGAGGCAGCUGUCGGAGGCCCAGGACCUGAAGGACCACGUGGACCGCAGAGAACAGGCCGUCAGCCGGGUGCUGGCCCGCUGCCUGUCCCCCGAACAGCACAGAGACUACAGUCACUUUGUGAAGAUGAAGGCUGCUCUGCUGGUGGAGCAGAGGCAGCUGGAGGAUAAGAUCCGGCUGGGAGAGGAGCAGCUGAGGGGGCUGAGGGAGAGUCUGGGGCUGGGACUGGGGCUGGGGCUGGGAAUGUCGAUGGGAUACGGACAUUACUGAAGAAAGAACAAUCUGAAGAGACCGAACUCCGAAUCAGUCUCAAGACGAGGAAGGAACGAGGUCAAGACAGAGUCAACGUUCAGUUUCAAUGUCUUCAGUUGGUUGAUUGCUGAGAUCUUAGGUGAGAAGAUUUAUCUCGUCAUCAUAUCUUUCUUAGAUAUGAAGCUACAGCAGAUUAGCUUAGCAUAACGAGUGGAAACCAAAGGCUAGCUUGGCUCAGUCCAACCGAAGGACCGGAUUUAAAGAUGGACGACAGGACGGCUCCCAACGAUCAACAGAAACAUAUCGACAGCUGAUCUCAGAGCUGUGAUUUCAGAGCAGAGGACGUGGACGCAGGAUUUGGAUCUGAACCUCGUUUUCCUCAAAUUUAGAGACACCGACACUGACGCACAGUUUAAUACUGAGGUUCUCGGAGCCUGAACACGUACUGUACAACCCCCCCGCUCUAAACUUUAUCACACUACGUUGCCAAAGACAUUUUCACUUGGUGACGGACGUGUCACUGAGACGCUGCUUAUUGUUUUUUGUUUUCUUGUGUAUUUAAGUCUCAGAGAACUUGGUGCUUCACACUAAGAAACGACAAAACUCUGGAAAAUGUCCAGACUCAAAUUUUCCGAACAUUUUCCAGAUUCAUGUCUGAAAUCGGCUUCAGUUAACAAAACACUAAAGUCACGGUCGGGACGUCCCGUCUGCAGCUUCAUUAACCGUCACCGGGACGUUAGCUAAACGUAGAACAUCUCUGCCGACGCCCGCGUCCACAAACACGUAAACUGUAUAAUCCAGCAUCGUAUUCUCCGUUACUGUCGUAACGUCUGUGACAUGUUUCACUUUGUGGAGUUUGAGACUCCACCUGUUGUGCUGUACAGAAGACACCUGUGUUUAUAUUGUAUACCGUGUGUAUAUAAUGAUUUGUUUUUUUAUGACUGGAAUUGUUUGUAAAAGAAAUGAAAAGAUCGGAGAGUAAAAGAAGUUUCCUGCGUUUAGAGCAGAAUCCUGAGGUUGCAGUUUUUUUAUCAUUUGAUUUCUUGCCGAGAGUUAGAAAAGAGGGUUGACGUACACAGCUGCAUCCGGCGGACAGUUAGCUUAGCUUAGCAUAAAGACUGGAAACCAGGGGAAACAGCUAGCACGGAUCUGUUUGAACAACAGAAUCUCAAAAUUUAAAACACGAAACUAUAAGAUUUGUUUAAAAUUACUGGAGAAAUCUGUGGAAAUUAAAAGUUGGAAAAAGAUUUUCUUUUGAUUCAUUAACCAGCUGAUGUUUGUUUGAGUCAGAAAUUUAGAAACAGAAUGAAAAUGUUCCCGCAGGUUUCCAGUCGUUAUGCUAAGCUAAGCUAACUGGGUGCUCACUAACCAAAGUGUCGCUUCAGUUAACUUGCUUCAAAAUGUUUUCUCAAAGUCAGGAUUUAUUGUGUGAACUUGCCAAAGUCUCCUGAGCUUCACCUCUGGAUCCUGAAACUUUUCUUUUUACUCACACGAAGAUAAAAAAUCACUUUCUCCAGCAUCACUGGUUCAAAGUUCUGUUCAGAAGUUUGACACUUGUUUCUUCCUGCUGUUCUUAAACCAAACAAACCUGAACACAAGAUUUCCACAUGUUCUUGUUCAUUCCUCUUGUGUUGUGUACAUAUCACGUGUUCCUGUAUCAUAACAGCAGCUGUUUCAUAAACCGACUGGAAA